AUGAAGUUCACUCUUGGUAACCAGGCCGCUAUGGCGGAGACGCCUAGCGAGGUGCUCAACUGGCGUCUUUACUGGAGCACUUUUGUCUUUGGUAUUCUCGGUGCUAGUCGUGGUCUUGAUGAAGGUCUUGUCGGAGGCAUGGUCAAUCUCAAGAGCUUCCAGGAAGAAUUCGACCUUGACGAGGGCUCAAAACAGCACCAAGCCCAAGUUGAGUCCAACAUCACCAGUAUGGUCCAAAUCGGUUCCAUCGCUGGUUCACUGUUGGCUUUCUUCAUCUGCGACAAGAUCGGUCGUGUGCGAUCGCUCCAGGUUCUUUGUCUGCUGUGGCUUGUUGGAUUCAUUAUUGUUGUUACCAGUCAUGGAAGUGUUGGUCAGAUCCUUGCUGGGCGAUUUAUCGCUGGUCUUGGUAUCGGUAUGACAGUCGUUGUUGGUCCUACGUAUCUUGCUGAGACUGCUCCACGAGCUAUUCGUGGUAUGCUUACCAAUAUUUUUGCUGGUUCGGUGUACCUUGGUGUUAUGAUUGCGUACUUCAGCAACUGGGGCGCUUCUAUCAAUCUUCCCAACACGUCGCGAUGGCAGUGGGUAGAUCCUCAGAUGUGCCACAUCGGCUUCUCAAGCUUGCUCCUUCUUCUAUCCUUCACCGUCCCCGAAACCCCCCGAUGGCUCACCAUGAAAGGCCGAAACGAAGAGAGCACAAAAGCCCUCUGCAAACUCCGCCAACUCCCCGAAACACACCCCUUCGUCCAAGCUGAACUCUAUGGUAUCCAAGAACAACUCGAGCGUGAACAAGAGGCCUUCCUCGGCGUGUCAAGAUGGGGCAAGCUUCGCGAGCUUCUCACUAUCCCCGCCAACCGGUACCGUCUUAUGCUCGGUUUCAUGGCCCAGCUUCUCGGUCAAUGGUCCGGCGCCAGCGCCAUCACUAUCUAUGCCGUUGAGUUCUUUGGUGUUCUUGGAAAGACUGGACAAUCUGAGAAGCUCUUCGCUACCUGUAUUCUUGGUGUUGUGAAGCUUACCUCUGCGUACCUCUGCGCUUUCUUCCUGGUUGACUUCAUCGGACGACGACGAUCAUUGUACGGCGGUAUUACGCUUCAGAUGAUCUCCAUUCUUUACAUCGCCAUCUUCCUCGCUAUCGUCGGUACUGAAGCUCUCGAGAACGGGACCUUGACACCCUCGCAGAAGCAUGCUGGUGUUGGUGCAGUCGUGAUGCUCUACAUGUCCGGUGUCGGUUGGACCAUGGGCUGGAACUCCUUCCAGUACCUCGUCAACGCUGAGAUCUGGCCUCUCCGUCUUCGAGCCCUCGGUAGUUCAAUUACCAUGUGUCUUCACUUUGCCAACCAGUACGGCAACACCAAGGCUGUUCCUCUUAUGCUCCUUCAGAUGACUAGCACUGGAUUCUUCUUCUUCUGCGCGGCUGUUUGUCUGCUGGGUCUUAUUUGGGUCUUCUUCUUUGUUCCUGAGAUGGCUGGUCGAUCGCUUGAGAGCACUGAUGAGUUGUUCUCUCUGCCUUGGUACAAGAUUGGUCGCUAUGGAAAUAAGCUUGCGCCUGAUACUGAGGCUAUCAUGGCGAGGGAUGAGAAGGCUGAUGUGAAGGAGGAGGCCAAUGAGGUCGAGUAUCGCAGGGAAUAA